AAUAAACAUAUUAAGUGUUCUAACUAUUCCAUUUACAAAAGAGAUUGUGAAAUUAGAUCCAAAAUUAGAUGCUGUCUCCCAAAAAUCCACUUUUAAUAUAAAUACACCAGUAGGUUAAUAUUAACAGGAUAUGCCUACCAUUUGUAGGUCUUCUUUUGAGAAAUGUCUAUUCAGAUCCUUUACCCAUUUUUUAAUCAGGUUAUUUAUUUUCUUAAUACAGGAAUUGAGUUGUUUGGGUUCCUUAUAUAUUUUUAAUAUCAUCACCUUAUCAAAUGUGUGGUUUGCAAAUAUUUUCUCUCAUUUCACAGAUAGGCAGUUUAUACUGAGUCAUAAAACAAGUCAAAUAAACAUUAGGAUUCAUUCAAAAGGAAUAAAAAAAUCGAAUUUAUACUCCCCCUUCUAUGGUAUACCAUUUUAACUGGUGACUGCCAGCUAAAAACUCCAUUCCCAGCCUUAAUCCUUGAAUACAGACAGUGACUAGCUCUCACUAACAUACUGAGUGGUAAAAGAAGCCAAAGUUUAGAAGAGGGUACCCUCUCACCCUUCUCUUGCCUCUUUCCUAGGCUGAGGCCAGAGGGGAUGGUAGAAUAACAGAUACUGGUACCGAAGACCUUAAAUCAUCCAUGUACGAGCAAACUACCUAUCAAGAAAGAUCACCUAAUAUGAGUUUUUAAAAAAUGUUUUUUAAUUAUUGUAAUUAGACAAUAAAAUUUUGGGCUUUGUUUUAAAAGCAGCUAGCAUCAUACUAACUCAGGAAGCUUCUCUAAAGUUUUAUGCAGAAGAGCCACAUGACUUGAUUUACAUGUUUAAAGGAUCACUGUAGCUGUUACAUUGAAACUAGCCUACAGGUAAAUUUGGAAACAAAUAUACUAGCUAAGAUGUGGCAGUAAUCCAAGUUAGAAAUGAGGGUACAGGUGCGCCUGCGCGGGGCGGCAAGACAGGGCGUGUUCGCUGUUCGGUGCCGGUGUUGCCCGGACCCAGGGCAUCUCCCGCCGCCGGAGUGCGUCCUGCCGAAGCCUGUGGUUGCACACCCACCCUCAUAGGGGCUGCUCUCCGCGACCAUGUCCAAGUCUCUGAAGAAGCUGGUGGAGGAGAGCCGGGAGAAGAACCAGCCCGAAGUGGACAUGAGUGACCGGGGCAUCUCCAACAUGCUGGAUGUCAACGGCCUGUUUUCCUUAUCCCAUAUCACACAACUGGUCCUCAGCCAUAACAAGCCAACAACAGUGCCACCAAACAUAGCAGAACUGAAGAAUUUGGAAGUGCUCAACUUUUUUAAUAACCAGAUCGAGGAGCUGCCUACGCAGAUCAGCAGCCUUCAAAAGCUCAAACACCUGAACCUUGGCAUGAACAGGCUGAACACGUUGCCACGAGGCUUCGGCUCCCUGCCAGCUCUUGAGGUUCUGGACUUGACUUACAACAACUUGAACGAAAAUUCUCUUCCGGGAAACUUCUUCUACCUGACCACCCUGUGUGCACUCUAUCUAAGUGACAACGAUUUUGAAAUCCUGCCGCCAGACAUCGGGAAGCUCACAAAGUUGCAGAUACUCAGCCUUAGGGAUAACGACCUGAUCUCGCUGCCUAAGGAAAUCGGGGAGCUUACCCAGCUUAAAUAACUCCACAUUCAGGGGAACCGCCUCACCGUUCUGCCCCCAGAACUAGGAAACUUGGAUUUAACUGGUCAGAAGCAGGUAUUCAAAGCCGAGAACAAUCCCUGGGUGACCCCCAUUGCCGACCAGUUCCAGCUUGGAGUGUCCCAUGUUUUUGAGUAUAUCCGUUCUGAAACAUACAAAUACCUCUACGGCAGACACAUGCAGGCCAACCCAGAGCCACCAAAGAAGAAUAAUGACAAAUCGAAAAAGAUCAGCCGGAAACCGCUGGCGGCCAAGAACAGAUAAGGAAGGGGUUGGCAUCAGGUGGCCUUCCAGCACCUUCUCUCUCCAACACUUCAUUCUCUCUUGCUCUGUCUCUCAAACGCAAUGCGUGUGUGGCCUUUUUUGUAUUUCUUUUCACUCUAAUGCUUCCCACCUUACGUUUUAGAUUCUUCUGGUAGGUGGGAGAUUGUUAUAAGGUCUUUAAAUCGUUCCCAUUUGCUCCUUUUAAAUUACCAAAAGCAUAGAACAAAGCUCUUAUUCAACUGCAAAUUCCAUAGUGGGCACAGGCUUUUCUUGAAUAGACAUCACAAGGUUGGUUAUUAUCCAAAGAAUAAAGUCACGUAACCAUUUAAAUGUCACUGUUAAUACUUUUCACUCUUUCUGUUGAUGCACAUAACUCAUUAUUUUGCUUCAUUAAAACUCUUCCUUCACCAAGAUAUGUUAAUUUCACUUACAAAUGAUAUUUUAAUAAAAUCUUGCAUUUGUAUCACAUGUUACUUAUUGACCUGAAAUAAAGAACAGUCUGAUCAUGGGGUACAACAUGUUUUCAUUUACUUUUCUCCCCAAGAUUAUCUUAUCCAAUUUUAUUGGUUAUAGAUGAUAAACUCAAACUUUUCAUGAAAGAAAUGCAAAAUUAUAUCACAGUUCGUUUCUUCUCA